AUGUGCGGUGCAGUCAUUCGUUUGCAGCUUGCUCCAAGGAAGCGCGCAGGGGAGUGCGGAGAGGGGAGAAAGACAGAGGAGAAUGUAGGGGAGAGAAAAAGAGGUGAGAAUGUAGGGGAGAGCGCAGGAGAGAGUGUAGGGAAGCGCGCAGGAGAGUGCGGAGAGGGGAGAAAGACAGAGGAGAAUGUAGGGGAGAGAAAAAGAGGGGAUAAUGAUGAGAAAUCUGUAUCCCCGAAAUCCCUAGACACAAAAAAGGGAUGA